UUAGUGUACCCAAAGACGCCAUGUUAAGCAGGAGGGUCAUCGCAUUCGCCGCUCUGGCCCUCAUCCAGAUAGCCAGCGGUCAGGCCUCGCAAUUCAGCAGGGACGAAAGUCAGGAGGAUCAGAAGACGGAGUUUAACCUGGCCUCCACUCUGACGGGAGGCAUUACCAGCAGUCGCCAUCGCCAGCGGGCCAAUCUCAAUUCGCAACUUUAUCCUGGCCUUGGUCAGCUGGGAUCGGGUUAUGCGGGCGCAACUGGAUCCAUCGACGAUGCCCAUGGCCAUGAGCAGGGUGGCUCUGGCGUACGAGUGGCCAGUACGAACUCCGUUGUUUUUCCUGGCAACCAGUCACCAAAUCCGGCACUCACAAUUACAGGAGGUCACCAGAUUCCCGCUUAUCCGCCUCCGGGUUUUCCUGGACAACAGGCUCCAGUUCCGUACCCAGCUGCAGGAGGCUCUUCAGGAGGAUCCUCAUCAUCCGGUGGUUACCAAAGUGCAGGUGCUGUUUCUCCUCCUGGCUAUCCUGUUGCUGGAGCAGUUCCUGCUCAGUAUCCGGUGGGAGUUCCUCCCCAGCAGCCAGUGGGUGCAGGAGCACCUGGUUACUUCCCGGGAACUGGUGCCUAUCCUGGCUAUCCCUACCCCGGAGUAUACUUGCCACAGUACCCAGCGUACCCUCAACCAGCCCAGUUCCCCGCCUAUGGAGUGCUACCCGGAGCUGUGGCUCAACCAGGAGUUCCUGGAGUAGCUGGAGUUCCGGGAGCACCUGGAGUGGCAGGAGUGCCCGGAGCAGCUGGUCAGGCUCCUGCCACCAGCGGCAUGAACUAUCAUCGCUAUCCGGCUCACAAUCCCGCUGAUCCGAGCCAUUGGGACCAUCAUUUCUCGAUGAACACCGAGUACAAGGAGGAUGGCGUCCACAAGGGACCAUUUGGAGUGCUGAACAAUCACAAUGCCUUUGGCUAUGGCAGUGGAUAUGGGGGCGGAUACAACGGUGCCUUCAACUCGCCGGCCUACUGAAGCUGGCCGACAUCAUGGGUGGACCUCGGUGGUGGUGGUAGUGGUAAUGGUGUUGGUGGGGCGUGAAGUAAUCCGAGUCGUAGUCAUAACUUCGCUGCUGCCUCCUUGGCCAGAGGCAGCUGUCUUUGCCUAUCAUCCUGUGUGUCCCUGCGAAAUAAACUUGAUUUCUGCACACCCAACCAAGAUAAUUAGCAAUGCUGGCCAGUUACCAGUUGCACCUUGAACCGGAAAAAAUAAAGCACAUGCACUCGGCAUUCUGCUCCCAUACAGACAGCUAACCCAAGACAUUCACAUCCCAUCCUUAUUCUUUUCCUUAUUCUUAUGGCAAUGCCGCUUCUUUUAUCCGGCGUGGACACAAUCGAAGACGACAGGAGCUACCUGGCUGGCAGGCAGCCGAAAAAAAGGGAACGCACAAAGGCAGGACUCUGGGCGAGCCAAAGGUGGUGGUAGAAAAUCAGCGUCAGAGAGAGACGCUGUUACUGGUAUUGGUACUCCUGGUGCCCUUCGCUGGACCCAACUGCAGCGACAUAAAUCGGCUGGGUUUCGCUGUGCAGCGGAAAAGAGAGGGCCGAAGGAAAGGAAAGGAACCCAACCAAGGGACGACGUCUUGAUGUCUUGCGGCGCAUGCGCAGCCUGCCGCGCAAAUCCUUAACAAAUUUUUGGCGCUAAAAUGACGGACGAGCGCGCCAAAAGCAAGGAACCGCAGGAAACUCGAGAGAAUCAUGCCCGGGGUAUACAGACUACGAGUAUACAGACAGACACUUACACUCAUGGAUUAUGAAUGAUUUGGACGGACGGUAUCGGUGGUUUUUACCUGUAGCAAAUCGAACCGAUUCCAGCCAGGGUUUGAUGUCCUUAGGUCAUCAGCCAUCAGCUGUUCUAUGAUGAGCGCGGAGAAAGGAGCACAGAUUCAGCUGAGAGGAUUCGAAACAAAGGAAUUAGAAUGGGUGGGGUAAUGGGUAUACUCACGGCAAAGAAGUCUAGAUGUGCUAAACGUUUUCCCUUAACCUUUGACAUCUAGGAGUUUAUGCUCUGUUUCUAACAAUUAAAGAUUGAACUGCAACAAAUACAUACAUUCCAGAUUCUAGGAAAUUGAAAAUAAUGCCCUAAAUUAUUUAAUCCCCU